UGUCUAUUCUUCCCUCACAGGAACCAUGUCUGCAGUUUAUCUCGUCCUCCUCCUGCUGCCGCUGAUCUCAGCUCAGACUUAUCACUGGGGUCCCUGUCCCAGUCCAGCAGUUCAGCCCAACUUUCAACUUGAGAAGUACCUGGGCAAGUGGUAUGAGAUAGAGAAGCUUCCUACAUCGUUUGCAAGAGGAAAAUGCAUCGAGGCAAACUACUCCUUGAGGAAAGAUGGAACUAUCCGAGUGCUGAACGCCCAGAUAGAAAAAGAUAAGCUGAGCACAGCAGAAGGAACAGCUGUGGUUCGCGAUAUGAGGGAGAGGGCCAAACUGGGAGUCAGCUUCUCAUACUUCACCCCCUACAGCCCAUACUGGGUCCUCACCACCGACUACACCAGCCUGGUUGUGGUUUACUCCUGCAACGACAUCUUCCGUCUGUUCCAUGUAGAUUUUGCCUGGAUCCUCUCACGGUCACGCUCUCUGCCUGAGGCGACGGUACACUACGCCAAAGACCUGCUUACCAAAGAAGGAAUCGACAUCAGUAGAAUGAGGCCCACUGAUCAGAGCUGCACAGACCUCUUUUGAAUACCUGAUAAUCCCUGCAGAGAGAAUCAGAUCCAGAACGCUCAUGUCAAACUAGUCCUGUUCAGAAAGUCUGCUUUUUGAAAUGCAGAACAGAAGUGUAACCAGCAGUUGUAUACAAUGUGAUUUAAUAGAUAUUUCAUGAAGAACAGUAAUAACUGUUUUUGUGAUGAUGUAGGCUUUAUAUAUUUUUCUAUCUAGUCUCUUUGAAAUUAUUAAUCGACCGGAAAGGAAGUUACCGUAUAUAUGUGAUUAAGAGCUAAGCUAAUUAAAGGGUGUUGUUUAUUGCACUGUAAGAGUGUGAGUUAGAAUAUCUGUCAUGAUUAAUAAAUAAUGCACAAUC